AUGCACUUUGGCGUUGUUCAGUUGAUGCUAAUGCAUUUUGACAAUAAGCCGACUGCUCUUUACUGUAAGGCAGCAGAGAGGCUCCGGCCUUUGGUGCCAAUCAAAUUCGUCAUUUCCAGCCGGACUGAUGCCGGGGUGCAUGCCCUCUGCAAUGCCGCCCAUAUUGACAUAGAGAGGUCAGGAGGCAAGCCACCUUUCUCUGAAAGCAUUCUUGUUGAGGCUCUCAACCGCAACCUUAAAUCUGAGCCCAUCCGAGUCCUUGGUGCUCGCCACGUCGGGGACACUUUCCAUGCACGUUUCUCAGCCUUAUCGAGGACCUAUGUUUACCGGGUAGUAACUGGUUGCUGUUGCCCUUCUGAACUGCCCAUCUUUGAACAGAACCUCUGUUGGGUGACACAUAGAGGCCAUCUGAACCUGCCAGCCAUGCAAGAAGCAGCAGGAUUCCUUCUGGGCACCCAUGACUUUAGCACCUUCCGCUCUGCUUCCUCUGAAUUACCCAUGAAGAACCCAGUCAAGACCCUUAACUGGCUGGAGGUCAGACCUGCUUCUGGUUUCUUGAUGCACCAUGUCAAGAAUAGAGAGCUGAAGUUUUGGGAGCUAGAAUUCACCAGCAAGUCAUUUCUCUACAAGCAGGUGCGCCGCAUGGCUGGUGUGUUGGUGGCCGUGGGCCAGAACCGCCUGGAGCCUGACCAUGUGAAGAAGCUCCUGGAGAUCCGGGACUUGAUGGCUUAUCCUCCGAACACCAUUGCACCAGCGUGCGGUCUCUUUCUGAAAGAUGUGGAGUACUGUGAAGAUGAUCUGGAGACUGGGAGAUCUGAAGUUAAAACAUAGUGUUUAUUGAAAGGGACAUGGCUUUCUGUUAAUGCUCUUCGGAUGGAGCAGGAGAAGCGCAGCCCCUUCUGGUAUACUGUGCUCUGUGAGCAUUUGUCAGUAAACCCACUUGGUCUCCCGUA